UUAGGCGUUGGUUUUGUGACGUCACCGAAGGUAUAAAUAGCAACCGACUCCUGUCCACCCAACAAAUUCGUUUGGAAAGCUGCAUUACAGGCUUAACUGAACGUUUGCCAUUGUGAUUUUUGUGGUGUGUAAAGUUUAAACAAAUUAUUCAAAAUGCGUGAAUGUAUCUCAGUUCAUGUUGGGCAAGCCGGUGUACAAAUCGGUAAUGCCUGCUGGGAGUUGUACUGCCUGGAGCACGGUAUCCAGCCUGAUGGUCAAAUGCCAUCAGACAAGACCGUUGGAGGAGGGGACGACAGUUUCAACACCUUCUUCAGUGAAACUGGUGCCGGCAAGCAUGUUCCAAGGGCCGUGUUUGUGGAUCUGGAACCAACUGUAGUGGAUGAAGUCAGAACGGGUACCUACAGGCAACUGUUCCACCCUGAACAACUUAUUACUGGCAAAGAGGAUGCCGCCAACAACUACGCAAGGGGCCACUACACUAUUGGCAAGGAAAUUGUCGACUUGGUUCUAGAUAGGAUCCGAAAAUUGGCCGACCAAUGUACAGGCUUACAAGGUUUUCUGAUUUUCCAUUCAUUUGGAGGUGGCACUGGGUCUGGUUUCACUUCUCUUUUGAUGGAAAGACUGUCUGUUGAUUACGGAAAGAAAUCAAAGCUCGAAUUUGCAAUCUAUCCAGCUCCACAAGUGUCAACCGCUGUUGUGGAACCCUACAACUCAAUCUUAACCACUCACACCACCUUGGAACACUCCGACUGUGCAUUCAUGGUAGACAACGAAGCCAUCUAUGAUAUUUGCAGACGUAACUUGGACAUCGAGCGCCCAACAUACACCAACUUGAACAGACUCAUUGGUCAAAUCGUAUCCUCCAUCACAGCCUCUUUGAGAUUUGACGGCGCUCUUAAUGUCGACUUGACAGAAUUCCAAACUAAUUUGGUGCCGUACCCUCGUAUUCAUUUCCCACUUGUCACUUAUGCCCCGGUGAUAUCCGCAGAAAAAGCAUACCACGAACAGCUCUCUGUUUCUGAAAUUACCAACGCGUGUUUCGAACCUGCCAACCAGAUGGUUAAAUGCGACCCGAGACAUGGAAAAUAUAUGGCUUGCUGCAUGCUGUACAGAGGAGAUGUCGUCCCCAAGGACGUAAACGCAGCCAUCGCAACAAUCAAGACCAAACGUACCAUCCAAUUCGUCGAUUGGUGUCCGACUGGUUUCAAAGUUGGCAUCAACUACCAACCACCAACUGUAGUUCCGGGUGGUGAUUUGGCCAAGGUACAGAGGGCAGUGUGCAUGCUCUCCAAUACAACAGCUAUCGCAGAGGCUUGGGCCCGUUUGGAUCAUAAGUUCGAUCUUAUGUACGCUAAACGUGCUUUUGUUCAUUGGUACGUCGGCGAGGGUAUGGAGGAAGGCGAGUUUUCCGAAGCUCGUGAAGAUUUGGCCGCUUUAGAAAAAGAUUACGAAGAAGUCGGCAUGGACUCCGGAGAGGGCGAAGGGGAAGGAGCUGAAGAAUAUUAAAACUGCAAGAAACUCUCCUCCUUGAAAAUAAACAUUUCGUUUUCUACAAGCAAA